AUGGCCAAGAAAGUGAAAUCCCGCGUCGUCUCGGUGCGCCUCAUGUCGAUGGCCCUGACGGGCUUCUUCUACCAGUUCACGCGCCCGCGCACGUCACCGCCCAUGAGCAUGCUCAAGUACGACCCAAUAGGUACGAUGCCGACGCCUUCUCCCCUUCCGCACCGGAUCCGCCCCUCCAGUCGCGAGCCAGACGGCAGUACCGGCAGCACUCCUCGUCGCAUCGCCCUCCUCCACGCGCCGCAGCAAUCCCAUCGUGCCCCCGUCCCGAAUGGGAUGACCUGUCCGGGCUGA